UCUUCUUCGUUGGUAGUAAAAGGACCCUCCAGCAAUGUGUAAAAACAUCAUCGAGGCCCUUGAAGAAUGAUAAAACAAUACCGGCACGUUUUGGUCAAAGAUAAGAUCUCUGUGAAUUUGCUGUUAGAGUGACGUCUUUGGACCCUUGUGGAUUAUCGUCAUCUGCGGUCUUUGUGCUUCUGACAGAGGAAAGCUGGAUCCGAGGGAAAAAGCAACCCAUGACUUCCAUCUCUACACAUGCAAAAAGGUCACCAGGAUACAGUAGCCCUCCUCAUACACAUGAGUGCUGUUUACUCCCCCAGCUGGGCCGUGAGCCAUGCCUGAUCGGGACGGCUCCUACCUGUCAGGUGGCAGCGGAAGUGGUAGUAAUCUGAGCGAGGAGGGAGGACCGGGCUCUGGUUGCACUGCAGAGGGCAGAGGAGGCUCAGGAGGGGGCGUUGGUUGCAACCUGUCCGGGUCUGGGGGGAUGGGGGGGGGCGGGGCGCUUGGCAACGGCAACAGUUGCGGGAACGGGAGUGGCGGGGUACAAGGCGCUGGGCUGGCGCUGGACGGCGUCUGCAGGGAUUUUAUUCGCAAUGUUUGCAAGAGAGGCAAGCGCUGUCGCUUCAAGCAUCCCGACUUUAAUGAAGUGCCCGACUUGGGGGUGCAGAAAAAUGAGUUCAUCUUCUGCCACGAUCAUCAGAAUAAAGAAUGCCUGCGCUCCAACUGUCGCUUUGUGCAUGGAUCCAAAGAGGAUGAGGACUACUAUAAGAAAACUGGAGAGUUGCCCCUCAGACUGAGAGGAAAAGUUGCAGCACGGCUUGGCCUUUCCCCUAUGGACCUUCCCCACAGCAGAGGGGAGGUCCCAAUUUGCAGAGACUUCCUGAAGGGGGAAUGUCAGCGAGGAAAUAAGUGUAAAUUCCGCCAUGUCCAAAAAGACUAUGAAUAUGAACCUUCCAGGGUUGGCGGGGGUGGUGUGAUUGGGCCUGGUGCUGGUGGAAUGGUGAAUGCUGGGAAUGCUAUAGUUGGUGGAGGAGGAGGAACAUGUGGGGGGAUUCCAGGACUUGUUGGAGCAGGGGUUGGAAAUAACAUGAUUGGGAUGGGUUGCCCCAGUAUGGGUGGGUGCAGAGAUCCAGGCCUCUCCGGCGUUGGAAGUGUUGGUGCGGGAGGAAUGAGCGGCUGUCUGUCAGUCGGUCCUUCAGGGCAGAGACGGUACGACAGGAGCUCCCUGACGGUGUACGACCCCUUGCUUGAGGGCGGCCUCUUUGAUUCCGGCUCCCUGGAGGGCUCACUGGACCACGCCGCCCUCCAGAUCAAGAGACGGAGGUUAGAGGGGCUGCGGCUGGCUGAUGGGAGCGUAGGAGGCCACUACGAGCUCGGUGUCCAGGCCACCUUGUCUACACGCCCUCUGGAGUACAGGUUCCUGGAGGAGGAGAACAACCUGCUGAGGAAGAGAGUUGAAGAAUUAAAGAAACAGGUUUCAAACCUUGUCGCCACAAACGAGGUUCUUCUGGAGCAGAAUGCCCAGUUCCGCAGUCAGACCAAGGUGAUGGCGCUGUCCUCCACCCCGGCCCCUUCUGAGCAGACCCUGGCAGCCCCUGUGGGUGCAGUAAGCUCCUACAAUCACAGCAUCGCCCAGACUCACACCACCCUAAGCAGCACCGGGCUGCAGCCUCGGCCGGUCACCCAGCAGGACCUGGUGGCACCCUCCGGCGCUCCAGCAGCACCCCCGACCAACGCCGCCCCGCCAACGGCACCGCCCCCUCACCUCAACCCAGAAAUCACCCCCUUGUCGGCUGCCUUGGCUCAGACCAUCGCCCAGGGUAUGGCUCCACCUGUUUCUAUGGCGCCGGUGGCCGUGUCCGUGGCACCGGUGGCUGUGUCGAUGACGCAGCCUCUGCCGGGCAUCACCAUGAGUCACGCCACCACGCCGAUGGUGUCGUACCCCAUUGCAAGUCAGAGCAUGAGGAUCACCACUCUGCCUCAUUAACUGUUCCUCAGAAUCUUUGGAACUGCCACAGUCUCCAUCUGUACCGUGUGAAGGAGGGUUUGGACCACACUGGUAGUUUUACUUUAUUUUAUGUCAUUUUUAAAUUGAUUCAUUUGAGAAGAAUGUCAGAAUAAUACAAAAAGAAGUAACUGAUUUUUUUUUGUUGUUGUUUUUUUUAAUCAUCACACCAGAAGUGGGUUUAACCCUUUACCUGCUUCGCCUCCCUCGUCCAGGAGUUUUCAAAGUGUGAGGUGGACAACCAGAAGACUUGAGGGGAUGUGCAGAAGCUUGAGAAAAAUAAAAAUAUUUUCAAAGCUGCUGAGCUAGCUUCAGUUAUGUUUAAAGUAGAGGUGCUCUGAUCGAUCUCGAGACUGGCAAAUGCCGAUAAUGCCUUUCAAAGCUGAUCACAAAAGCCGAUAUCUGUGGCUCGCUCUCUUGCAGCCCACAACGAUCCUUUCGAGCCAAUCGCAGGGCACAUAUAGACAACCAUUCACACUCACAUUCAUACCUAUGGACAAUUUAGAGUCACCAAUUCAGUUGUCCCCAACCUUUUUUGACCCACGGACCAGCUUGUGUUCCCACAAAUCUCCCGCAGACCGGGGGGUGGCAGAGUGGGGGGGGGUGUAUACAUUAGAGCGAUCUAAUUGAUCUUAUUUAUUAUGUAUUGUGUAAAACUAAGACAUGAAUAACAUCAAAUUAAAAGCACAAAAUGAAUGCCGACCCACCAUCCACCAGUUCCAGAGACAUUAUUAGAUGGCUGUUUGACGUGUGUGGUAGAAGGCAGUGCGCUAGCAUCAAUUAACAUUAGCACUCAAUAAGUGAUCUAAACUUAACUUUAUGCAUUCCCACAUAGUAUCAGCAUUUGAGACCAUAUAUGAGAUGAAAGAAAAAAACAGUAGUAGUCUAUCUGUGCGGCAUAUGAGCGAAAGUUAGCACAUGCACAGUGGACAUGCAUCAAGUGAGACGGAUGUAACAGAGAGAAUCCGGUGACUUUUCAAAAUAAAAUUAAAUAAUGGAAAUUAUUUUUUCUUUCUGUGUGGCCCGAUACCGGGUCGUGGCCCGGGGGUUGGGGACCACUGCACCAAUUAACCUAACAUGCAUGCUUUUGUAAUGGGGAAGAAAACCGUAGUACCCGGAGAAAACCCACACACGCACGAGGGGAACAUGUAAACUCCACACAGAGAUGCCCAAGCGGAGAUUCGAGCCCAGGUCUUCCCGGUCUCCUGACUGUGGGGGGGCAACACGAUAACCGAUUUCAGUCGUGAAUGAUCGGUAUCUGAAUCGGCAGCAUAAAAUCCUGAUUGGAGCAUCCCUAGUUUAAAGUCCUAAGGAACUGAUUUGAGGUCCUGCAGUGAGUGUUAGGGGUGAGUAUGAUCGACAAAAUCUGCGUUUCGGGCACGAAGGGGAUGCCCCGACAGUAUCCUAUUCUCUCAAGGUUGAAAAUCCCAAAAAGUACCUAAUAAAAGUGUUACAAAGAACCAUGCAAAAGUAUUCACCCCCUUGGAUAUAUCAGCUUUUUAUUGCUUCUAGCAGUGUAAAUGAGCUUUUUUGACAAUUUUUUUUUAAGUGCUCAUUUCAUGUGAAAGUGGAAACAUUUUUUCAGAUUUGUGUCAAUAUUUUAAAAAUACCUGAAAGAAAAAGUAUAAAUGGCUGCGUAAGUAUUCACCCCCUUCAGGUCAGUCUUUAGAUGUACCUUUGGUUGCAAUCAGAGCACUUAAGUCUGUGUGAAUAUUUCUCAAAUUUACUUAACCAGCAUCUUUUGAGUACCUAAAAAAGCGCUGCCUUGCAAAAGUAUUCAAUUUGUGUCAGUUAAUUAAAAAUAGUAAAGGUAAAGUAAAUGAGUGCGUAAGUAUUCACACCCUUCACGUCAGUCAGUCUGAGCUCCAUUUCGCUAACUAACCCUGCAUGCAGCUGCUAGCUGCAGAAGUGCUGAAUUAGGUCAGUCACUUUAAAGGGGGUGAAUACUUAUGUAACCACUUAUUUCGGAUUGACAUUUUUGAAUUGACACCAGCUUGUAAAAAUCUGUGUUCACUUUGACUUGAAAGGGGAUUUUUUCUUAAAAUUUGAGUCAAAAAAGCCAAAUUACAUUAAGAACGAUAAAAGCCUGAAAUAUUCAACUGGAGUGAAUACUCUUUGCAAGGCACUGUAGGAGUAUGUGGUGUAUUAUUUAUGAUGUGACCUGAGAAAUUUCUAAGAAUAAAAAAAAGGUAACUUUUUUCUCGAAUUGCAAACUUUAUUUUAAUAGCACUUUUUUAUCAGGACGUUUUCUUAUUCCUAUAAUACACUUUUUUUGUUACAUAACUUUAUUCUCGUAACUUUUUCCGCUCAACUUUUUUUCCAGUGUGACCCUCAUACCUACAGCUUGCAAGGCAGCGUGAACCUAUGCUUCCCCACCAGAGGGCAGUAGAGAGACUUCUGGCCCCUUUAAACCGGUUUUGUGACAAUUUAAACGACUAUUGAACUAUGAACUGAUCUUUUCAGUCAUACAUGCCAAAAAGAAAAAGACAGCACACCACAGGAGACAUUUUUGUGACUUUGCUUUGUUAUUUUGCACAUUUAGCAGUCAUUCAUAGAUGUGUAUGAGUGUGUGUUGUUUCCCUGUGUCGCCGCACACAAAAUAAAUAUUGCA